AUGAAGGGAAUAGAGCUGCUAACAAUCACGGAAGCAUGCAGCCGACUCAGGCUGCUAGAAGACAAUGUUGAACGACAUAAUGCUCCCACAGAGGCUUCAACUUUUAAGAAUACCACGGCAGAUGUAAAAAAUUCUCCCGGCCUCUUUAUUGCAAUAAUUAUUUGUUUUGCCACUUCCUUCUCUUUCCCUCCUUUUUACUCAUUGCUUUCUCUCUUCUCUUUUUCUUUCUAUCACUUUGCAUUUGAAGAUGUUUUUUCCCUUUUCUUUCUUGAAUUUCUUUCGGAUCUUAUUUCUCAUUCUAUCUCUCUUUCGGUCUUCUUACUUCCUUUUUCUUUUUCCUUCCUUCGUCUUUAUGUCAUUUGUUUCUUUUCUUGUUUCUUUGACUUCCUUUGGUCUUAUGCUUCCAUAGUUUCUUUCUCUCUCUCUUUCUCUGUCUACUCUCUCUCUCUCUCUCUUCAUUUCUUUCUUCCUUUAUUUAUGCUUUUCUUUUUCUUUCUUCCUCUCUUUAUUUCAUCUUAUUCUAUUGCGUACCUUCUUUCUUUUCCUCUUUCGUCAAACUUCUUUACCUGUUCCUUCUCUUGUCCCUACCACUAUUUUAAUUGUUCUCUUUCUUUUCUUUAUUUUUCCUUUUUUCUAUAA